UACAAAAAAGAUGCUAUAGUGAAUCCAAAAAAAGUGAUUCCAUAUAUUUUUGUUCCAACCUAUUUUCCAUAUACAUUAGAUAUCAAAGCAGGCAUAAUAGCGUAAAUUCCUCCAUAGAAGAAAUAACCUAAACAUACAUAAAUUAAAAAAAAACCUAAAUAUGACCACUAUAUCGAAAACUAAAACUUACCAAAGCCUGUAAAAUUAAAUUAAUUGAAAUUAGUUUUUUAAAGCUUAUUUUCUAAAAUAUGUAUCCCCAGAAAAUCCUUGAAAAUCCAUUACAAAAACUACCUGAUAUACCCACUGUAGUCAAAAAUUUGUCUGAAUAUUAUAGUUAUUCGCCAUAAGAUUUGAAAUUCAUCACUAUCAUAGCCCCAUAUGAGGCGUAUAGGCAUACUAAUAGACAAGAUAUGUAUAUAAAUCUUGUUUUUAAGCCAUCUUUUACGUAUAAACAUUCAUUUAUUUCUUUAUCUUUGUCUAACAAUGUUUCGUUGUGGUCAUAUAGAGCAUCUUCCCUUUCCUAUUUUGUCGGGCUUUCGAGGAGUAGAGAACCGAGAAGGGUUCCUGUAAAAUAUAUGAUGCCUAAAAUGCGAAAAGUUUUAGGUAAAUUAUCACAAACUUCCUAUGGAUAGUAACUUUCAGAACCAUUCGGAUCUUUCUAAGCUUAUAUAUUGUCUGGGUUUACUAAAAAAUAUACAAGUUAUAUAAAAAUCAUAGAACCGAAGCCAAAACCAGCAGAAAUUAUACCACUUAUUAUUCCUUUUUUAUUAACAAAAUAAACAUAACAGACAUUAAAAGGCAACAUAUACAAUAAACCAGUAGAAAUUCCAAAAAAAAAACCAUAAAAAAGUAUAAAAAGAAUAAAAUUAGAUAAAAAAUAAGAACUUAAAAAUACUGAAAGUCCCAAAAUAAAGCCAAAAAAGAUACUAAAUAGCCUAAAACCUAUUUAUUAGGCAAAUUUUAAACCAAAUAAAGAUCCUAUAUUGAUAAAUAAAAUCAUAAAUGGAAAAACUUAAUUAACAGUGUUUUUGGAAUAUAAAUGACCAUUUAAUCUUAAAUAUGAUGUCACGUAAGAAUUCAUUUCACUCCAUAAAUAAAA